UUUAACAGACAUGCGGCUCAUUGGAAUAUUGAAAAGUAGCGGUAAUUUUUUGACUUACGCUACUGCAAGUAUGUAUUGACCUACAGUGUGAUAAAUCACUUAAUCAAUCAAUCAACAAUCAAUCCAUCUAUCGAUCGAUCGAUUAAUCGGAGAGAAGUAAAAAGAAAACAUCUCUACAACUCUUGUCGAAUAUUCUACUUGCCAUGCUUAAUGGGUAAUACUAUUGCUCCAAGGUUAGAAAACGCUGAAAAAACUGGUGUUUUACAAGUGAGCAAUUUAAAAUUGAAAAAGAUUCCUGAAGAAGUGAAACGCCUUCGUAAUCUACGAAGUUUAGAUUUAUCAAAUAAUAAAAUUGAAGUGAUUGAUUCAUGGAUAUCUGUAUUGAAAGGUUUAAAAGUUUUAAAUCUUGAAAAUAAUAGAUUGAAAUAUCUUCCAGAACAGUUAUAUUUACUUACAAAAUUAGAAUCACUAAAUGUGAGUAAUAAUCUUCUAGUGAAUUUUAUCAAUCCAAGUGCUAUUGUCAAUCUUACUGAAUUAUCUUGUCUACGUACGGUGAAUCUAUCGAAUAAUUAUUUAACUGAAUUCCCUGUCGAAUUGUGUAUCUCAUCAAUACCAAUUAAUGUGAUUGAUCUUUCCAAUAAUAAAAUAACUAUAAUACCAAAUGCUAUAUCUGCUUUACAGGCAAUUGAGAUCAAUUUAAAUCAUAAUCGUAUCUCAGCUAUCUCAAAGAAUAUAAGCCAAUGUGAACGUUUAAAGGUGUUACGCUUGGAGAAUAAUUGUUUACGAUUAGAGAAUUUCCCGUGUGAAUUGUUAACCGAUUCACAAGUCUCACUGUUAUGCGUUGAAGGAAAUUCAUUUCAAAUGAAAAAUUUUUAUAAUUUACCAGGAUAUUCACAAUAUAUGGAACGGUUCACAGCAAUGAAGAAAAAAGCCUGCUGACCCACACACACACACAGAAUGUGACGUCCAUUCAAUCUGAUUAUUAUCACUAUUGCUAUUGCUAUUUUUCUCAAACAACAACAGCAAUCCUAUUCCCUUAUUUAUAUUCAAUGUGCUAUUUAUUCCACAUGUACUUGGCGGGAAGAUAUUAAUUUCUGUAAUUAUUUGCUUACGUUGUUUCUUUCAUUUUUGUUGUUGUUGUUGUGUAUAGUGUCGCUUCUGUUCGAGCGCCUAAUAUACAUCUUCCAGCUAACUGGCUAUCUAUGCUCUAUACUUCAGAAACUUUCAUUUCUUAUACCCCUUGAUUUCGACAUUCUCCUUCCCCGCUUCAUCCUCAUAUGAUGAUUCGCCAGCUUGCGCUUUUUGUCACCUUAUGAUAUCCUGUGAAACACGCAGGCGUGAGAGAGAGUGAGGAGAACUUUGGUUUGUAUGGCUUUAGCUCUUUCAUGUCGGUGUUGUUCUUGUGGUUGACGUCGAUAUAUUUACUGAAAUACAUGUGAUUAUGUAUGCACAGAAUUAUGGCUUAUUUUGAUUUAAUAAUAAUUUUAUCCUUA